AACCAGCGGCCUGCCGGACUGGCUUGCGGAAGACUGUUCCCUCUCGCAAUCCUCUUCCCACCCUCAUUAUCCAUUCCCAAGCUUUUUGACCGCUACCAGAAUCUUCCCCUCCAUCCACGUGUGUAAACUCAGUCGUCAAGCCCUCGGCUUGGGCUGGCGCAGGUGCUCAUUCUCCUGCCUUUGUCAUGGCAGGCAGCGAGCGGCAAACGCUUGCGCGAGCAACAGCAGGCGCGCUGAGGUGAACGAAUGAUGGCAUUCAAAUGAGCGACAGGCAGCCGUCCAGGCAGGAGGAAAAUGCGUGCGAGCGAGCCACGCGCGCAGGUCGAGCUGAGCGAGGCCGUGACGUCAUGUCGUGCGCGAGACUUGCGAUCGAGGGGCGGCUCAUGCGUGCAGCCGGGUAUGCAUCCAAGCAUGCGAAGGAAGCAUUUAGACUGUGCGGAAGACGUCGGGAUUCGUGCGCAUCGUGGUGGUUUUUCGGAGGUUGUCAAGGUGGUGGGGGUGGCGCCGGGUCAUUCCCGAGUGGGCUGCCUCGGCGAAGCGGUCGCUACCGCCGCUUUCACUGCCACGCUACCCUGCGCCGUGGGCAAAUGAGGAUCUGUGAACGUCCAGACGGCACCGUUGUACUGUAGCCCUUGCAAGUUAGCCCUAAACAAGACCUUGGAG